AUGGAGCGCACGGUUGAAGACGUCUUGAACAAGACGAGUUUUGUGGAAACUUUAGGCAACAAUAUGUUGCCUUUCAUGAACACAUUCGAAAACUACAACUUCCUAGGUUUCACCAUCCCGAUUGGGCAAAGAGAUGAGAGUGUACGUGGAAUAUUAUUCUCGGAAAACUCGUCCGAUCUGGUGAUCCCUCGCGAGUGCUUCGUUCCUUCUUCUGUGAAUGGAUAUUGCGUUACGGUACCACCAGCAUCAUUUGAGAUCCAAGAAGCCAUCAUCUUUGUUGCUCCAAACACGAAUAAUUUAUUGGUCCAGAGAUCGGAAGAAUUGGCCUUGUCACGACAAUUUCAACAGGGAGAAAAGGAAAUUGGCGUACCUGUAAAUCAACAACUACAACCAGUUGAAAGAAAAAUUCCAGCGCCUGAUCAACAAAAAAAUCAAGAAGAAAUAUUCGCAAUGUGCGAUCAACAGCGCGAAAUAAUAAUCGCGACCCCCACCAUCACAUUAGAAAAUCUUGAAGCGCGAUGUGAAGAACUUCAGAUAUUAAAUGAUCUAUACAGACAAAACUUGGAAAAAGCCCGUAGAGAAUUUUUUCAUCUUCAAAGUCAAAUUACGUGUUCGUGUGGAGCCCGAGAUUUUAUAAAUAAAAUCAAUCCCAUUUCAACAAAAAGUCCAUUGGUUACACACGAACCGACAAACUCGAUGAGAACGAAUGCUACGAAAACACCCCGCGGUAGAAAAAGAAAGACUAGUUGA